GAUGUCGGUAUUUGUUUCUUCUGUAUUUUCUUUUUUAUUUUCUUUUAAGCCUGACUGCGCUGCUUUCACCCGAGCAUCUAUCGGAUGUUUUGGUGCUUGUUUUGUAGUACAAAACGAAAGAAAAUUCAUUUUUUUGAUUGCUUAAAAGUUAUCUCAGAUAUAAGAGUGAAGCUUCGCUGCAUGUUCUGAAGGAGAUCGAGUCCAAUAGAAAGCAUUUUUCUCUUGUCAUUUGUUCUGAACAUACGGAAACUAAUCUCGAAGCCCACUCAUUAGCGAAAGGAGCUGCGUCUUUUUCGAUGAGCCGCCAUGUGUGCCUAGGGGUAUCACUGUAUGUUGUUUGUAUUCCAAAUGUUUUGAACCAUGAACAAUCAACGAUAAUCAACGCCCAGGGACCUCAAAGCUCAGCUCUGUCGAUGCUUUGUUGUAGGUUGCCCUGUUUUACUGGUUCUCAGUUGGUACCCUGUUGACGUACUUUCGAAAGAAGAAAAAAGAAUCAGAUGCUUAACUGCCUAGAAUCCGCUUCGAUUAUUGCUCCUCCAAUAAAGCACAAACGGAGCUCCUCCAAUAAACCACAAACGGAGCCGUGGAGUGCUGCACCGAACACAGAGCACCCCAACCGCACCCGCACCGGCACCGGCACCUCACUUGACUCCACGGCUGAACAAGAUAGAAACUCAGCGAGACUUGGCGACAAGAAGAGAAGAAAACGGAAGGAUAGGUAUCGACCACCGAGAGGAGGAAGACGUGGGGUGAGGAAGGAUGUGCCUGGUGGUCGUGUGCGACGAGCCGGAGCGCGUGGUGGCGACGUACCACUGUACCAGGCGGCAGGGCGUUGCCCCUACUGCGGCGGCGGCGUGGUGGCGACGGACGUGGAGAGCGCCCCCAGGAUCUGCUACGUCCCGCUCUGCUUCCGCGUCCGCCGUCGCUUCCACUGCUCCCUCUGCUCCCGACGGCUCGCCGCCAUCGUUUGACGCAUCAAUUCUUCCACUUUCGUCUCUAGUACAGUACAUAUCUAGAUCUCGUCUCCAUGGAUAUCUGGGUCAAGUAGACGGUAGCUGCGUCUCGUAUCGCUUGUAUCACGCGAUAUACUAUACGACUACUCGUUUUUCAAUAAAUCAAAGAUCCUCUUUACUC